AUGUUACACUCUUUCACUCACACCAUCUCUUUUGUUCACUUGCUCGCUAUUCACCUUUCCGAUUUUCAUGACAAGGACGAUAUGGUCAACCUACUACUACUGAGACCCUGGAGCGCCGUGGCGACGGUAUUACUCUCAUGCCUUGUCGUCUCCUCGUUCGUCGUCCUCUCAACAGAGUCUGUCCGCGCACGGCCGAUCGCCGCCACCGCUAAGGAUCCACGCGUGCUCUCAUCGUUAUCACCAUCAUCAGAGGACCAACCUUCACUUAUCGAGCGAGGAAUAACAACAACUCCUCUUACACGACCAGCAAGUCUGCCCGAUUCACAGGACCAGGAGAACGAGGAAGGGCUCCUACAACUACAACUACAACGACAACAAUACCAGCAACAACAGCAACGCCAAAAUCAGAACCAACUAUACGAUAUCCAACCGGUGUUUGUGGUUGACCAGACAGAAUUCGAUGUCUACAUGGGGAUCUACCCGGACAAGCGGCCGAGGCCUCAUAACGCUUCCGCUAAACGGCGCAAGAAGAAGAAUAAGAAAAAGAAGAAGAAGCCUGUGCUCGAUGAACAGGGGCAGGUGGUAAUACAGCAGGAGGUGGUAGUAGAGCCAGUGCAGGUGCAGGGGAGACAGUAUCUGGGACCAGUGUAUGAGCAGAAGAGUUUGCCAGGAUUCCACAUGGCGGCGGUCGAGGCUCCUUGGCGGUACCAGAUGAGUUAUACUUUGGACUGGAAGGUGGAUGAGAAUCUGAGAGAGCGGAUUGAGGAAGGCCUGACGACUGCUGAGGCGAGGAGACAGGAUCAGAUGUGGCGGUAUGAGACAGCGAAAACACAACCUGGAGCCACCGUCAGUGACGAGGGGUUUACAGGACCGGUGGUGGAGAAGCAGAGACUGCGAGUGGGGAGCGAGUUGGUAAUGGACUUUCAGUUGAUUCCAUUGGACCAGGUCAAAUCGAACGAGUUGCUAUUGACACGAGUUCCUGUAUCGUCUCUUCAGGCGCAUAUCCAGCUGCGACCGGAGGUGCUUGAGGGAUGGUACAGGUUGCAGGUUCAAUUCUGGGAAGAACCGGUUCCUUCUUCGCCUGACUGCGAUCUCUUUGCCUCUUCUUCUGACGACUAUGGCGAGGACAACGGCUAUGACAAGGAUGGAAAGGAUAGGGACUGGGGAGAAGCCUCGGACAGCGUACUCCUCUCGUCACCAGGUCGCCUGAAGGAGGACAUAUGGACCAACAACUGUUUCCCACGACAGGUCGGGAUCUGGAGGAGUGCCGAGGCGAUCGAAGUGACGAAUUUGGGAGCCCGGGAUCUGGAGUGGGAAGAGUUUAUUGAGACCCUGAGUCGAGAGACGCGUCAGGAGCGCUGGAGUCUUGCAGAGUUCUCCUCGUCGAAGUCUUCAGAGCGCACGAGUUGGGGACAGCAGAAGGCUAUCUUGCGGGAGGAGCAUUUGGCGAUUGAGGAGUUCCGGGAACCGAAGCCUGUUGUUGUAAAUGGCAGUGGGGAUAGUGGUGGAAGGUGGGGAUGGGGAUUGGGGUUCGGACGGUUGUCGGAGAUUCGCCAUCGGAUCAAGGGGUUCUUGGCGCACCCUCUUUGGGGAAGCAGCGACAGCAACAAGGCAGCUACCGCUACUGAACAGGAGACACCAUCCUCUACCGCCAGCGCUGGAUUAUCUCCUGUCAUGAGCUCCUCAUCCUCCUCGGCACCACCAAUACCACCAGUACCACCAUUACGGCGACGACAGGACAAGCGCAUAUACGAACGAACUGUCUUCCCUCAAGAUUCGUUCCGGUACCAGGAGUUUGUUGGCCCGAAUAUCAAGGAUGUAAUACCUGAUUUCCUGGUACAAGAGCUGGAGGAGUUUGAGGACGCUGAGAUGGAUGCACUUGAGGCUCGACAGGGACGGCUCGAACAGAGGAAGAAGCAGUUGAAGGAGGCCGGGAAAAACGACGAAGAUGUAGUGGUGGAGGAGGAGGAUGUAGCGAUAUACCCAAUGUCGGAGUGGGAUCCUGAGAUUGCGCGGCUUCAGGAGUUGAUGGAUGUUUGGAAUAGUGGCGCUUUGUUGAAGAAGCGAGACGGGGAUGUCGACGGUGAUAGUAUGCAGCAGGAGAUUGAGGAAGUAGUGGCAGAUCAGGACGACGAGGAGGAAGAUGAGAAAGAGAACGAGCAGGAGUUGAUACUGGAAGUAGAACGAGGAGUCCAGGCGAGAAAUGGGCUGAACCCAAGGAUCUGGCAAGGAGCCAUUGAAACCGAUUCACAAGCACCUGUUACCUGGAGGUCGAAUCGGGACCGGAUCAUUUCCUGGCGGAUACCACAACAAUCCUCUCAUCAAGCAACCUUUCUGCUGGAUAUCGAACUCACCGCAACACCAAUAGAUCCCAAGGAGCAAAAAACGACAUGGACGAGAGAAAUGAUAGCACAGGCGGCACUGGAUCAGCAACCUGCGGUGGCAUUGUUGACUGACCGGGUUCCUGUUACUUGGGGGUCUGUGCAGGUCACUUUGCCGGCUUGGGUGCCUACGGGGACGUAUCAUGUCCGAAUCCAGGGUGUGAGUGAAGUAGGAGGUGGUGUUGUUGUGGGGGAUGUUAGUCAGCCGUUUGUCGUUCUUUCAGAUCCUUACUUGUACUCUUAUUCAUAA